AUGCCUUUGCAAACAGCGAUCUUCCUCAAUCUGGUGACCAUGACUGCGCUAUCCCACCAUCCGAUUCCAUCAAAUAAUCAGACUCGCCAUUCGGCUCCAAUGGGAGUUUUCUCGUCACAUCGCAAGCGACUCGAUGCUGCUGCCGAAACUGCUCAAAGGCAUGUUCUGUCUUGUUGUUCUUGCACUCGCAUCGAAUCUAAUGCAACGAUUAGCCGUGACCCAUCAACACCCGUCAAGCCUCCUGGAGCCAAGUGGACAGUCACCAAAGACACACCGCCCUCAUCUUCCAAACUUGCUAGCAGACCUCCAACGCCAGUGCCGGACUGUCCACCUCCACCAUUGGCUUCACAGCCCACAGCCAGCAACCUUGCUACGCUAUCAGUUGUCCCGUCCACUAUCCAACCCUCCGUGUCAAAACACUCCUUCCCGUCUCGUGAUGUACCAUCGCACUCGUCGAGUCUGUCACCAAGCUCCGACUCCACGAUAUACCGCAUCCAACCGACAUCCCCGCUACCUGAGAAAUGGAACAACGUUCACGAUCAUGCAAUGUGUGUUCUUGACACAUGCAACUACUCUCUGAACGCCAUUAUCAGAAAACUCAGAAGUGCCUUUCCUGAACUCGCAAAGUCUCCCUUGACCCAAGCCAUGAUCGACAAGCGCCUGCGCGUCCUCGACCAGAAUCCCGAGAUUGAUUACUUUCGCACCGGCCUCGACCAUGUCAACCGUGAAGGCAUGGAGAAGGCUCGUCGUGGCAAGGCUGUCAGUACUGACACUGGUCCCUCUGGCUACGACAUGCGUAUUCCCGCCGAUCCCAGAGUUUCAACACUCACGGCUCCCACCUCGACCAUCGACAGUAGCUUCAUGAGCAGCAUUCCAAGCCUGCCAGAUCUCCCCGAGAGACUGGUUCCCAAUCGUCAUCAAUCGGAACUCUCCGUCAAGACUACCGCCUCCAACGCAUCACAAGCCGGUGUCACCACUCAACCUUUCGAGUCUGGGUUUCUGUCACACAGAGCCCCUGCCUUCGAGAAGGAUGUGUCGAAAUCAUGA